AUGGAUCGGUCACGUUGGAAUGCAGCCCUGUACACAAUUACGUUUGACGCAGAGGAUUCGCAAUGCAUUGCACCGACUGUCGAAGGUAGAAGAUGUAGACUCACGAAUUCCAUAGAUGAUAGGAACGAACUCAAGAUACGCAUGAGAGGUUUGAAGGCAUCGAACUAUGAAGAGGCUGCGAAGGCAAUUGAAAAAAUGAUUCCGCUCCAUGCCUGUAAGAGGCACCACCGCAAAAACCUAGAUGAAUACACUCUAUUACAAGAUGUCGCAAAGGCAUACCUUGAAAAAUUCAAAGAGCUGUAUGGCAACAACAGGACUUUGACGCCUCCCAUAACGCCUCCUGGCCCGUCGUCUGCCCGUCCGGAUACCUGUCAAGCUCAAGCAGGAUCGAUUACGCCAAUCCGAUACCAGACUCGAUCAAAUGGGGUUGGACCAGAUGUACCGACAUUCACUCCAUAUUUGAACACAAAGCAGUCGACCAUCAAGACGGUACUCGCAAAACCCAUCUCAUCUGCAGCGCAUGCGUCGGGGGUUGUCCACAUUUUCGCCUGGCCAUCUCAUCCUGGCUACCUCAAGAUUGGCUUCUCAAGUGUAUCUGCAGAAAGUCGACAUAGGGAGUGGGUCCAAUGUCAUCCUGAUUUGAAAAUCCAUUUCGAGAUAUGCGUGGCAUUUCCCAAGCGGGUUGAGAAACUGAUUCACCAGGAGCUCAAACAACACCGACGCCAAAUUGUCGCUUGCAAAGGCCCGCGCUGUGGCGGAAGCCACAAUGAAUGGUUUCAGGUCUCCGAGGACCUGGCCAUCAGCACCAUGAAGGCUUGGGCAGAGAUCUUCAACCGGAAAAUGCUCUACGAUGAGGAUACUCGGGAGCUACAAGAGUGGCUAGAUGCCAAACUCUUGAGUUGUCAUGCGAAUGAUUGGAAAGCUACCCAUCUCAGGUCGAUACUGGACGAAGAAGAGAGCCGUCGUGCCGAGGAGGCACGCCUGGCGGAAGCACACCUGACGGAAGCACGCCUAGCAGAAGCACGCCUGGAAGAAGCACGCCUGGACGAAAUAUGUCUGAAGGUAGCGCGCCUAGUGGAAGCACGCCUGGAGGAGCAAGCGCGCCAGAAGACAGAAACACGCCUCAAGGAAGAACCACGCCUGAAAGAGGAGGCACGUCUGAAGGAGGAAGCGCGCCUGGACGAAACAUGCCUGAAGGUAGCGCAACUAGUAGAAGCACGCCUAGAGGAGCAAGCACGCCAAAAGGAGGCAGCACGUCUAAAGGAGGAGGCACGUUUGACGGAGGAGGCACGCCUGGAGGAGGCACGCCAGAGGGAGAAGAAACGCCUAGAAGAGGCACGCCUGGAGGAAGAACGCCUGAGGGCAGUACACCUGGUAGAAGCACGCCUGGAAGAGCGAGCACGCCAGAAGCAGGAAACGCGCUUAAAGGUGGAACUACGCCUGAAGGAGGAGGCACGCCCGAAGGAAGAGGUACGCCCGAAGGAGGAAAAAGUUCUGAAGGAGAUGUCACGUCUGAAGGAGGAAGCGCGCCAGAAAGAGGAGGUGCAUCUCAAGGAAGCAACGCGCCUGAAGGAGGAGGCGAGCCGGUGGGAGCAAGCAUUCCUGGAGGAGCAGGCACGAGGGGUUGCCAAAGAAGCACGACUGAAGCGACAACAGGCAGAAAUAGCCGAACAACUUCGCGCUCUAGGACAGCAGCUCCAGCGACUAGGAGAACCCGAGCAGGCCCAACAGGCACAAUCGCCCGAGCGACCAGCCCGAGUGCUUGCUGAGGGAACGGGGAAACCUCAAGUUGCACAGCAAUCGACAACCUCAGAAGAAAUUCCAAUUUCAUUUGACGAGACCGCCAAACCAAGCAAGCAAACCGAUGCCCGACUCGUAAACCGCUCAGGAGUUCAAGCCAAUACUUCUGGACACGAGCUGUCUCCACCAGCAACACCAUUGUCUCGCCCGCGAGCUCAGAGCGAACCAGUCAGAUCUAGCGAUGUCUCAUUGCGCUUCAGCCCAUCUGCCACGGAUAUGGAUUUACACAAUAUCGCGGUGGAACGCCGCAGCAGACGUCCGGAAGCCGAGAAACAGCCCACAGACGGCGAAGCAACUACAACAGCCCCGAGCGUACCAGCAGAGAGCGUCACGCCAGCGAAGUUGCACGUCUCAUGGCCGCCUACACCUCCCGAAACUCCUAUUCGCCACCCAGCCGUAGCAGUAGGAAAGACGCAUGUUCCACCUGUGCAAGAAGUCCACCUCACAAAGCCCGACGAGGACCCCUUCACCAAUGUAGCAAUCCCUCUCCCACUAAAAGAUGACCCUGACGCAGCACCCUUGGCAUCUUUCGAAUUCCUCGCCGUGCUGGACAAGACACGACAGACGACCUUGAGCCAAUUGGCGGUAGCUGCGGAGGUGGCGACGACGACGACAACAGCGAUGAUGGAAUCGUCGGAUUUCACGUUCACGGUCCCGUCUAGAGUGAGGCUAUGA